AUGAGUUGUUAUCCAGUGUACAACAAUACACCCGUUGCAAAGCAGGUCGACUCCAUUUACGAAAACCAUCUUGAUCAAUUCCUUUCCGAAGGAGAAUACAAAAAGUUCAAUCUUCCUCAGUUAUAUGAUAUACACCGCAUUGACAACUCUAUUAAAGAUGUGGAAAAAGACACUACAAAGGGAUAUGUGAAUUUACGAGUCUAUCCCGUUCCUGAUCUAAAACGACCUAGCGUUCGUGAAAUCAUUGGAAAAGUAAAUUUUGAACAAGUUGCCUACAAGGGGGAUGCAUUCGGUCCCAGUUGGUCUACCUUUUGGGUCCAAGUCGAAAUUCGCAUUCCCGAUGCCUGGUCAGAUUAUAAGGAAGUCAUAUUCGACUGGGAUUGUGGUAACGAAGGCUUGGUCUACUCGGAAGAUUAUCAACCAGUCCAAGCGUUCAGCAGCUCUGAAAGAACCGAAUACAUCCUUCCUAAAAGUUGGCAGAAGGAUCACAAUGUCCAUAUAUUUUAUAUUGAAAUGGCCUGCAAUGGAAUGUUUGGUUGUGGAGGUUCAGACCAAAUUGCUCCACCUGAUCCCAACCGGCAUUUCAUGUUGAGAAAGGCAGAUCUGAUGGUUCCUAAUCUGCCAGCUCGAGCUUUGCGCUGUGAUUUCAUGAUAAUACAGCAAAGUGCCAAGGAAUUCCCAUCAAAGUCUUGGCAAAAGUUCAGAGCAAGGCAAUUAUGUCAUGAAAUAAUGAAUGCAUUUCACCCUGAAGACGCUUCCACUAUUGAGCAUUGUAGAUCCCUUGCAAAGCUUUACCUUGGAGAGAAUAUCGAUUCUGAACACGUUACGGAAACAAAUCCCAACCAAACAAAAGUAUACGCAGUAGGCCACUGUCAUAUUGAUACAGCCUGGCUUUGGCCUUUUGCAGAGACAAGGCGCAAAAUUGUGAGGUCUUGGACCACGCAAUUAGAUUUGCUGGAUAGAUACCCAGAAUAUCGUUUUGUCUGCUCCCAAGCUCAGCAGUACGAAUGGUUAAAACAAGAUCAUCCGGAAACUUACGAAAGACUGAAAAAACACGUAAAGACCCGGCAGUUCUUGCCGGUCGGUGGAAGUUGGGUAGAACAUGAUACGAACCUUCCUUGUGGUGAAUCUCUUAUUCGUCAAUUUCUUUUUGGCCAACGUUUCUUUAAAGAUGAAUUCGAUGUGCGCUGCGACACUUUCUGGUUGCCCGACACAUUUGGCUAUUCCAGUCAAAUACCACAAAUUUGUCGUCUUGCAGGAAUGGACAGGUUCUUGACACAAAAGCUUUCUUGGAGUAACAUUAAUUCUUUCCCUCAUAAUACCUUUAACUGGGUUGCACUAGAUGGAUCUCAAGUCCUGUGUCAUAUGCCACCUGCGGAUACUUACACGGCAGACACUAAUGUUUCCGACAUAAUGAAUUCAGUUUCUCAACACAAAAACUUGGAGAAUGAUCAAGCAGGUCUACUGGUAUUUGGAAUUGGUGACGGAGGUGGUGGACCUACACCUGAAAUGCUUGAAAAGCUUCGCCGAUGCAAGGGAGUAGCUAAUACAGUGGGAGAAUUACCUGACGUCAAGCUUGGAAAUUCGGUUGAUGACUUUUUUGAUGGAGUAUUCAAACGUACGAGUAAUGCAGAAAAACUACCGUCGUGGGUUGGCGAAUUGUAUCUUGAAUUCCACCGAGGAACUUAUACAACACAGUCAGAAAUUAAAUCGGCCAUGAGAAAAGCAGAAUUUUCACUCCACGAUUUGGAAUAUUUUGCAACGUUAGCUUUUGCUCGCAUUCCUGGAUUCAAAUAUCCCGUCCAAGAAAUCAAUGAGCUAUGGAAAACAACUUUGUUAUGUCAAUUUCACGAUGUUCUUCCUGGAUCCUGUAUUGAAAUGGUUUAUAACGACGCAAUACCCAUGAUGCACAACGUUUUCCAAUCAUCGGAACGUUUGAUCAAAACCGUAUUAGAUCAGUUAGGAUUCAGACAAAUCACAAACCAUACUAUCUUACCUGAUUACCUUCUAACCACCUUACCUUGGAACGUGGGAGGUGUCGUGGACGAAAGUGCGCAAACUACUCCGCUGCCCUUUUAUGAAUCAGUUGAUAACCCAAGUAUUUUGGUACGUUCCGAAAAUCAUGUUAAGCAUCCAGCCCGAGCCUAUGAGUCGAACGGUUGCUUAGUACUUCGCACAGAUAAGCUUUUAGUUCGGAUUUCCAAAGCUGGUUUAAUUACGAGCAUUCAUGAUUUUAAUAAUGACAGAGAAGUUUUGGAUUUGAAAUCCGGAAUUAACAAAACUGGUGCCAACCAGUAUGUGAUCUUCCAGGAUACCCCAUUGAGCUUUCCAGCUUGGGACACCGAGAUUUAUUCUCUCGAUAAGUACAAGAUCCUCACAGAAGGGAAAGCACAAGUCUAUGAACAGGGACCUGCUAAAGCAUCAAUACUUGUUGAAACUCCUAUAAGCGAAAAAAGUUGCAUCAAAACGGUCAUUUCUCUCUCAGGCUACAACAAUGAUGCUGACGCAUUAAGCGUAGAUUUUGCCUGUGAGGUCGACUGGAAUGAAGACUACAAAUUCUUAAAGGUUGAAUUUCCCGUGGACAUCCAUGCAGAUUAUGUUAGCUACGAGACUCAAUUUGGUGUCACACACAGACCGACGCAUUAUAACACAUCCUGGGACGUUGCGAAAUUUGAAGUGUGCCAUCACAAGUUUGCAGAUUAUUCCGAGCACAAUUAUGGUGUCUCAAUAUUGAAUGAUUGCAAGUAUGGAUUCUCUACGCAUGGAAACUUAAUGCGACUCUCAUUGUUAAGGUCUCCAAAACAACCAGAUGCUCAUGCGGACAUGGGCAAGCAUUACUUCCGCUAUUCAAUCUUGCCUCACAAAGGUGCACUUGGGCCUAACGUAGUGCGAGCUGCUUACAAGCUUAAUAGUCUCUUUAGAUUCGUCAACAAAAACUCUAUACAGACAAACAUGGAAGCUUUAGAUUUUGUUCGAGUGGAAGGUGAUGAAAACAUAAUAGUUAGCAACAUCAAGAAAGCUGAGGACGAGAACGCGAUAAUUCUUCGUCUUUACGAGUCCCUGGGAGGCAAGUCAAGAUGCAGAUUGACAUUAAAAAGCUGUGAAGUUAAGAGCGCUACCAAGUGUAACAUUUUGGAAGAGGAUAUAGCGCAAGUCAAUUUACAAAAAGAUGAAGAUGGAUACCAUUUGCAGAUUGAAAUGAAAGCCUUUGAAAUAGCAUCUUUUAAGAUGAGUUUAUAA